CUGAGUUUUAUUUAAAUUUCACGAUGAAAUGUCGCCAAAAACAGUUUUGUUUUGGUGAACUUGUGAUUGUCUCUAAAACAUAAUAACGAGAAGUAAAUGAAUCGGAAAGUAUAUUGAAAGUUUUAACACAUAAUAACGUCGAAAUACUUUAGAAGUCUACAAUAAAUCCGUGAGAAAUUUUGUCUAUAUUGUUUUAUGUACACAAGUGAUAUCGUGUGACUACUCAGUCACUGUUUAUAAAUGAAUUAAAUGCAAGGUUAUGUUUUCGUAGCGUUAGUUAUAACCUAUUGCUCUUUAGUAUCAGAAUACUCUAGGUACAAAGUUCACUGUGAACACGACGAAAUGACCGUGAAAGCGAAAUUAUUGAAGGCUUUAAUAUUAGGUGCACCUGCUUCUGGAAAAGGCACCAUAUCGUCACGUAUAGUGAAGAAAUAUAAUAUAGAACAUGUGUCAAGUGGAGAUAAACUUAGAGACCAUAUAGAAAAGCAAACGUCACUAGGUAAAGAAGUGAAGAAAUAUCUUAACGAAGGGAAACUAGUGCCAGAUCAGGUUAUGAUUAAAUUUAUGAUUAAUGAAUUGGGGAGUGUACAAGGUAAACCAUGGCUGUUGGAUGGUUUUCCUAGGACAGUUGGACAAGCUGAAGCCUUGUGGAAAGUACAACCAGUGGAUGUUGUUCUCAAUUUAGUUGUGCCAUUUGAAGUUAUUAUAGAUAGAGUUAAGAAUAGAUGGGUACAUUUGCCUUCAGGAAGAGUAUAUAAUAUAGAUUUCAAUGCACCAAAGGUAGCUGGUAAAGAUGAUGAUACAGGCGAGGAAUUAGUGCAGCGACCUGAUGAUAAGCCUGAAGCUGUCCAAAAGCGUCUUGAGAUUUAUGAUAGUAUCACAAGACCAGUAAUUGAAUUUUAUAAAAAGAAAGGCAUUUUAAAGGAAUUUGAGGGAAGAACUUCUGACGAGAUAUGGCCUAAAGUAACUGCUUAUUUAGACCCAAUAUUUAAAUAAGUGAAGAUUUGUAGUCAUUUAAUUAUAGGUGCUAGUGUGAUAUGAAGUAGACUAAAAACAAAUAGCUUUAUUGUUAGUACUAUUACAACAUAUCAUAAUUAUUAAUCAAAGUAUAGCCAACAUUUUAAUAGUUAUAGUAUUUGAUACAUCUGUUUUAAUAUAUUUACUUAUAGAAUGUUGAUGAAAGAUUUCUUUAUACAUUUUAGAUUUGUUAAUGGUUGUUAUAUAAAUAUUAAAAUUUGGUUUUUUACCUACAUAUUUAACUAGACUACCCAAACAUUUAUAUUUUAUUUUGUACACAUUUUGAUUUCAAUUUAUAGGUUGAAAUGCCCAGCUGUCAUUAAAAAUACAAUUUUAGAUUAUGAUCAAUAUAUAUUACACAAAUAGUGUGUUUUUAAAUGGAAUAGAAUUAUUAAUUAUUAUAAGAAAAAAUGAUGUAGAAUAAAGAAUGAGUAACACAUGCACAAAUGCUUUUUAUGUGAUGUUAUUUUUUAUAUUCUCAUCUAUAUUUAUUAUCUUAGUCUUGUAAUCACAAUGUUUUUUGUACUUGUUUUUCAUUAGAGGUACUUAAAGUGAUGUCUGUUAAGGUAAUGAGAAGUUGUUAAAUGCCAUAGUAAGUGCCUUAAACAAUAUAAAAAUUAUAUGUUUAAGCAAUACAUAAGUUAAAAUGUUAAUAAUUUAUUUAUCAUGUUGUUGCUCAAUUUUGUAUUAUUUGUUAUGAUUUUAGCUUUAUGAAGUAUUUUAUCAUGUAUUUGUGCUGAAUUUUGGUUGGAAAGUUAUUCUUUUAUAAUAAAUAUAUAAUACAUUAAAAUGACAACUUUUACUUUCCUUAAAAAAGUCACUAAAAAAAUGGAAUAUAUACAGGUUUGAAAUUAAGUAAUUCAUGUGCGACUCAAAACCAGUGCCUUUAUGUAUAAGUGUUAUAAAGUUCAUUAUAUUUGAAAUUGCAUUUUAAAAGAAGGAUAUAGAAUACAUAUAUAUCUGCUCUAUUAGGACUAAAAUAUGGGUUAACAAAUUUAGGAGUUUCAUAGCGCGGUGCGAGUUU